UUUGUCAAUUUUGUUGCAAUCGGCAGCAUCGGGGAAAUCUUUUUUAAAAUUUGCCCUUUCUAAUAAUUAUCUCAAGCUCAAGCGUGGUAUUGAAAGUUCAUGUGCUUUAUUAAAUAGUUGACUGCUCAUUGGUUUAUAUAAUGAAGAAUGAAGAUCUACAAGAUCAAACUAAAAGGUUGCGGUUCAAGCCUGUAACCAAUGUUCAGCACUUUUCCGAGUCAAACUUUGAUUCAAAAAGCAAAGAAAUGAAGAGCAAGGAGGGGGAAAAAUCUGCAUCGCUUUUCGCCUUUUUACAUGUGGAGCUCACUCGCGGCUACCUAUUAGAACACGAUGAGGAGAGGUUUUCGGCUAGACGAGAGAAAGUCUAUUCUUUUAUAAAAAUCCCACAGGAAUUAGAAAAGUUCAUGGCAUAUGGUUUCUUUCAAUGUGCUGACUCUUUAUUAUUUGUUUACACUUUUCUGCCACUAAGAUUUAUGAUGGCAUUUUGGUCAUUUUUUAACAGAUUAUUUAGAAAAUGCUUUGGGUUUUAUUCUAACCCACGGAAAAACAUAUUAAAGCCAGCAGAGACAUGUGACGCCUUGAAAGGUUUUAUACUACUAGUGUGCAGUAUUCUCAUGUGCUAUAUUGAUACCAAUAUGAUGUAUCAUUUAGUCAAAAGUCAGAGUGUGAUGAAGCUCUAUAUUUUCUAUAACAUGCUGGAGGUUGGAGACAGACUGUUUUCUGCUUUUGGUCAGGAUACCAUUGAUGCUCUCUUUUGGACAGCGACAGAACCUCGAGACAGAAGAAGGGAGCACUUGGGCUUAAUACCCCAUUUGUUGUUUGCAAUGACUUAUGUCUUUCUUCACAGCUUACUGGUGUUGUUUCAAGCAACAACAUUGAAUGUGGCAUUUAAUUCAAAUAAUAAGAGUCUGUUGAUUAUCAUGAUGUCUAACAAUUUUGUUGAAUUGAAAGGCAGUGUAUUCAAGAAGUUUGACAAGAACAACUUAUUCCAAGUAUCGUGCAGUGAUGUAAGGGAACGGCUGCAUUUGUCGGUCUUGCUCUUCAUAGUGGUGCUGCAGACUAUGAAGGAGUACAUGUGGCGGGAAGAACGGUUCUGGAUCCUAGCCCCAGACUGUGUGCUUGUUCUAGCUUUUGAAGUCAUCAUAGACUGGGUGAAACAUGCUUUUAUUACAAGGUUUAAUGAAAUACCAUAUGGCGUAUAUAGAGAGUAUACCGUAAGCUUGGCGUACGACGUCGCUCAGACGCGGCAAAAGUAUGCCUUCAGUGAUCACUCUGAUCUAGUAGCAAGAAGAAUGGGAUUCAUUCCUUUGCCAUUAGGAGUAGUCAUCACUAGAGUCUUAGUUCAUGCUGUUAAAGUGGAUGGGUUUGCAGCAAUUUUCCUUAUAUUCAUAGCAUAUUUGUGCCUAUUGACUAUAAGAGUUCUUGUAUCCAUUGUGAUACUUGGUAAAGCAUGUGAUUUGAUAACACAGCACCAGACAGAGAAAAAUGAGAGUCACCACACUACACCUAAAAAAGAACAAAAAGAAAUAACGAAAGAAAUAAACAAUGCCCACAAAACACCGGACACAGAAGCAGCUCCAAUCAAAAAGCCAGUUCAACUGAAGUUCCUCAUACCAGAAGAUGUUGUUUUGAGUGAACCAUUAGUGGACGCGUCGGUGGGUGCCGCCGCGAUUUUCUCAAACAGCGCCAUCGACCUCAAUGGCGUGUGCUACCUCAACGACAAGAUGACGGCGCAAGUCAAGCAGGAGAGCGGCGACUACGUGGAGCCCGAACUGGUGGACGUCAGUCGAAGCGCGCCCGAUAUAAAGGCCGCCGCUGCCGCCGCGCCACCAGAAACCGUGGAGCGCCCCAACUCACCCGACUCCGAAGGACUCAAAAGGCGCUCCGAGUCCGAACCCAACUUAGUCAAAGUCGAGGAGCACUACGAGGAGGCUACCUAACACAUCCUAUGCUGUACGCUCCUUAUUAUUUAUUAUCUUUUUUACACCCUCUAGUCUGAUUGACACUAUGAGUGCUAUCUGAGAUUUGUGGAUAAUGUCUCUCUGUGUAAUAUGGAUGUGUGACGCGAUUUGAUUAAAAAGGAGACUUCAACAGUUCUAUAAAAAUUUUAGUUAAUUUUUAGCUGUGCUAUGGUGACAAGAUGGUUACGCUUAUAACUUUUCUAAACAUAACGUUUUUACUUCUCUUCUGAUUAGCACAAUAAUAUUAAUAAUCGAGUAUGUGCCUUUAAUAUAAUUUAUGCUUUCCAAUCAUAGAUUGUGAUAAUAAGAUAACCCAGGUUAAGGCAAGGAAAGACAUUAGCGAUUACGAUUUCUAGAAUAAUAUUUACUUAAUUCGAUCUAUAGUGGUUAAAAAUUAGCAGCAGAAUUUUUUAUUUAAAAUGUUUUUUAAAGUUCAUAUUGUGUAAUUUUAAGUGUGUUUGAAGUCUCCAGGACAACCAUUAUAAAUUAAACUUACCUGUGGCAUGACCUAGUUUCAAAAUGUAGGUUGACGUGUAUCGAUCUUUGGGCGCGACUAUAUUUCACGGUUCAGUCCUGCAGUUCGCGCCAUGAGCGCUGCACUUUGCCAUGACGGAUCGCGUAACAACCGUAGACAAUUCAUUACAUUUGGUCGUUUGUUCUUCCGCCGCCCGCCAAAUUAAACGGCCUACUAACUUGUGUUAAAUACCGUGCAAAAUGUUUUAGUCAAAAUAGUGUUGGUGACAAACGCGUAGAUUUAAAUGUAAGACUGAACAUCGCUGGGUGCUUAGUGUAAUUUGAUUCCCGAACGAAAUGAAAAUAUUAGUCAAGUUAUUUAUGUUAGGUGUUUUUUGAUGACGAUCAGAUUUUUUAUUUAUUUAUUUUGUAGUUUAUCAUUCCAGUAGAUUUUGUCUAUGUCUGUUUAUGGUAGGUACAGCCGUAAGUAGGUCAACCUGCCACAGAAUGAUAAGUUCCCUUAAUAGAUUUUGAAUCUUAUUUCUCUAAUUUAUGGUUUAAAAUCGAUUGAGGAACAUUUUCUUUUUGGUUGACGUACGUGCGGGAUAUUGGAUGAUUCGGGCGUUAUUAAAGUUAAAAGCAAAAAAAAUCGAAAGUUAAGAAAUGAUCUUUGGUUUAACGAAAUGUUAAUAUCAUUUACGCAAGUCUAAAAUAAUAAUAACAUUUAAUUGUUGUAUUCUUGUUAUGUUCCUACUUUAUAAUGGCUACUGAAUUUAAUUUCAAAGAACAUUUUAAAAUUUUAUUUGUAUAUUUACGGUUUCCGGAUUGUUACAUAUUUUUAUAAAUAAAUAGCAUAUUUUCUUCAUGCUUGCUUUACUGUUUUAUGAUAUAGAGUUUAAUUAUUUAUAAAACAUAAAUAUCAAACGAAGAUAGUUGUUUUAUAAAAAUACGUUUUGAACGUAAAAAUAUAACAACGUAGGAAUAUUUUAUUUAUAAGUAUUUAAGUAUAGCUUACUUAUAUUUUAAUAAAUUGUCUUGUAUUAAAAUAUUAUAACUGCAUAUUAUUCUCUAGAAAUAUCGGAGUGAGAAUUUUCCUUUUAUCUCUAAAUGAUUUUUCGUUUUACAUUAUUAAAAGGUUUUUUGUUAAAUA